AUGGCAUAUUUCAUUCGUCUGAACAUCGAACCAACGAAUCUGACAACAAUCCCAUAUCAUCUUCUGAGCUCAAUUGUGUCAGUGCAGAUGCAACUCAAUCCGACAACUAUGAGAGAGAAGCCAGGAAGAUGGUAUAUAGGUGAUCCAUUCGAGUGUAAAGAUUACAUGAAAAGUAAUGGGACGACUAGUAAAGAAGCUGCCGGUGCGACAGCGGCAAGAAGUAAGAGCGCCGAUAGUCGAUGGAAGACGAUGAAUAAGAAUAUCGGAAAUGUGGUGGUGAAAAGUUUGCCGAAUUUUAAUAGAGCUGAAGCUAAAAACAGCACCACCACUGAGUCGAAAGUGAUAAUAGAGGAUCAAUCGAAAAAGAAGCGAAAGAAGCGAAAGAAAAAUGAGGCCGAAGAAGAAAUGCCUCAAAUCGAGGACCCUUUUGUGAAAGCGAUGAAGGAAAAAGAAAAACGGCAAAAAGUGAAAAUUGCGAGUCAAGAUGCGCGAAAAAAGACAUUAUGGCGACACAUCGCUUGGCUCGUCAUCCUCUUCGCGUUCUCCUUAUUUGGCGGUGUGAUAUUCAGCGCAAUCGAAGGUGGACACGAAACGACACUGUUGAUCAAGAAAUUCGAGCACGACAAAGAUAUUUACGAGCGUAGGAAUUUGUAUCAACAGCAAUUAUUUCAAAGAUUGCAACAAAUCCGAGAAGAUAACACAACAGUUCGAGGGAAAAGCUUAGCGGAUUAUAGGAAUGAGCAAUCGCAGAUGGCUCUAGAAUGGUAUGAGCAAAAGCUAGGGCUUCAUGUUGAGAUUCCGCAAAUGCGAGAAACCAAAUGGAAUCUUUGGGGAGGUGUCUAUUAUUCAGCAAGUCUCUACACAACAAUUGGCUACGGCAACUUCCAUCCGGAAACCAAAAGCGGUCGAAUCAUAUCGAUGUUGUACGCGUGCGUUGGCAUCCCAUUGGUGUUCACAAUUCUCCUCGAUUGGGGAUUUUUGUAUUUCGGAUGGAUCGAGUACGCUUGGAACCGUUUCAAUGAGAACUUCUGCCAGAAGAGUUUGCAACGGGAAAUGCAGAGGCGUGUGAAACGCGAGAGAAUUCGAAAAGUUGGCAGCGAAUUGUCAUUGUCUUCUACUGCUCCUCUAUUACAUCGCACCACUACGCAAUUAUCAAAUCCCACCCAACAUAUCGAAUCCAUUCAUCCAUUGACCCCAUUGGAAGUUGAUGUUCCCGUCAGCGAGCAAGUCCAAACAGUGCCCAUUAAAGCGGCGGCAAUUUUCUUCUUCCUCUGGAUUGUCAUUUCAGCGUUUAUCGUUCGACUUUGGGAGUACGAAUGGACCUACUUCACCGCUUUCUACUUUUUUUUCACAUCGCUUACGACUAUUGGAUUAGGAGAUGUUGUCACAAAAACGCCCAACUUCAUUAUUUUCAACUUGGCGAUGACACUUGUUGGAUUAUCCGUUGUUGGAUUGUGCGCUGCCAUUGUUCAGGCCAAAGUGAAGCUGGUGUUUGACCGAAUGAUGCGAAGUAUUGAAGCUCAAUAUCGCAUUCGUCAGGUUGAUCCGCAUGUUGCGACAAUGAGCAUCGUUGAGGACGAGGAGGAAGGUGUGAAGCGGCUGAUUCAGUCUCAAUCUUUAGAAGAUCGAAUUAUAUUCCUAUUUGUCGAUGAGCAUAAAAAGAGUAUGCUGAAAGAAAAAUGGAAGCAGAGGAGUAAUAUGAUUAAUAGGAUCACUCAAACAUAUCCGUCGAGAGCUGACAAAUACGUUCAAACUGGUCAACGGGUUUAUGAUCAACCAAGGGGUUCCGAUGAUGAUUAUAGUGCUGACGAAGAUGAAGAAGAAUUUGAGUAUGACGAGCAAGGCAACAAAGUGAUACCGCCGCCGGUCCGACGGUACAUUUACACUGUGUUCGAUUAG